AUGGAAAUAGUGCAAACCAUCGACUUUUUCUUUAAAGUACGAAGAUGCCAACCAGAAUUGAUUGCUCCAGCAAACCCUACGCCCUAUGAAUUUAAACAGCUUUCUGAUGUCGAUGAUCAACAAAGCUUAAGAUUUCAUGUUCCAGUAAUAAAUAUUUAUCAGCAUAAUCCAAGUCUAGAGGGAAAAGACCCCGUGAAGGUAAUAAAGGAAGCAAUUGCAAAGACAUUGGUGUUUUACUAUCCUUUUGCCGGAAGAGUAAGGGAAGGGCCUGGCAGAAAGCUAUUCGUAGAAUGUACAGGGGAAGGAAUCUUGUUCAUUGAAGCAGAUGCAGAUGUGACCUUGAAACAAUUGAGCGAUGCACUUCCAUAUUCACUGUCAAAGGUUGAGGACAUUAUAUACAACCCUCCAAAUUCUGAUGGAAUCCUUAAUUCCCCAUUAUUGCUUAUUCAGUUGACAAGACUCAAGUGUGGAGGUUUCAUUUUUGCUAUUCGUCUAAAUCAUACGAUGACGGAUGCUUUUGGCAUUGUCAAAUUCAUGAAGGCUAUAGCAGAGAUAGCUCGUGGAGCUUUUGCCCCAUCUAUUUUUCCAGUAUGGCAAAGGGCUCUCUUAACCGCAAGAGAUCCUCCAAGAAUCACUUGUCGCCACUACGAAUACGAUCAUGUUGAUGACAAUAAGGGCAUCCUUAGUCCAAUCAACAACAUGGUCGAUCACUUAUUCAUUUUUAGCCCACUUCAAAUAUCCACCCUUCGUCAAACUUUACCUACCCACCUUCGCGAUUGUUCCUCCUUGGAUCUCAUCACAGCCUACAUUUGGCGCAUUCGUACCAUAGCCCUUCAAUUUAGCCCGAAGGAGGAAGUGCGGUUUCUUUGCAUCGUGAAUCUACGCUCCAAGUUCGACUUACCGUUAGGGUAUUAUGGUAAUGCUCUUGUGUUCCCUGCAGCAGUCACCACCGCUGCAAAGCUUUGUGAAAACCCACUUGGCUAUGCUGUAGAAUUGAUAAGGAAGGCUAAGGCUAAGGUGACAAAGGAGUACAUAAAGUCUAUGACAGAUCUUAUGGUGAUUAAAGGACGACCCUCUUUCGCUGCAUUUGUAUCAUUUACGGUGUCAGAUCUAACGAGAGUUGGGUUUGAAGAGGUGGACUUUGGAUGGGGAAAGGCCAUUUUUGGAGGACCUACAACAGCAAGGCAUGGAAUUAUCCCAGGUAUUAUAAGCUAUUGCAUACCUUUCAUGAAUAAAGGAGGAGAAAAGGGAAUUGUGGUACCUCUAUGCUUGCCUGCUCCAGCCAUGGAAAGAUUUAUGGAAAAUGUUCAUGUCUGGUUGCAAGUGAAACAAGUGGCUGAUGAAGUUGAUAGCAUUAAGCAUACCAUCAUUCCAUCUACUUUGUAAUAAAGAAGAAGAAGAAAAAAAAGCUUAUAUAUAUGUUUGUGUAUGUGUAUGUGUGCGUAUAUAUAGUAAGGGCUUUAAAAUUUAUAU